AUGAUUGCAAGAAGUGUUCUCCGCCGCCCGCACUUCAGCAACAAACCCAGCUUCCUUCGCCUGCGCCCUCUUAUUCGCCCUCCCGCUCCCCAGAUCCGCCUUGUGCAGAUUAGGCCGCCUUUCAUCCCUUCCACCCUGUUCUCGACACAAAUGACUUCGCGACAGGACCCCUCUAAGCGCACUCCCGAGAUUGAGAGCGGGAUGAACGAUGCCGACGAGCUGGAGAGACUUCUGGACAAAGAUGGUUUUACAACAUGGGGUUUCGUUAUCUACCGAUGCACGUAUCAAAGUGACUCCGACUGGGAGAAAUUGAUGAUCCGGUACCACAAGCGCGUAGAAAAAUACCUUCAGUAUUACAACUGUCUAGAUCUCCUCGCCAGAUUUACUCCAUCGGUCUUGGAAGAUCGAUCUUUUGAGAGUGCGACGGUCGCCUCGCUACGUAACAAAUUCAAUGAGUGGGCUGUGUCCGCGGUGGAAGAGGAACAAGGAAUUGAUCCCAGCCACCUGUGGCGUUUGAAAAACGGCAGGUACCGCUUUUUCAUCAUGGUGGACCAAGAAGCCUUGGAUUCAAUCCUGAGCACGCCAGACGACGAUAUAAACGGAGGAUUCGUUCGUCUAGUCAACGCCGAAUGGAAACCGGAGGAGUUGGAUGAGGAAGAGCUGGCGGAACGCGGGGGACCUGGGCCAGAAGAGGAGCUACUGGAAGGGUGUACAGAGGAGGAUGUUGGCUGGAUGAAAGUAUGCUGGGGGAAGUCACAGACGCCUGGAUAG